GACGGAGCAGUUCGUGCGGGAGACGCAGCGAGAUACGAAUCAGUGCGGAGCGAGGACGAGGAGCAUCCCAGAACCCAGUCUAAACAUGUUUCCAUCCCGGGGGCAUGACCAUGCAGCUAGGGCGCACUCUGGUGCUAGUCCUGGCCCUGUGCCCGGGGUACAGCCAGCUGCAGCUUCAGGCCCCUGAACGCCCCUUCUCGGUGCUGUGGAAUGUACCCUCAGCACACUGUAAAGCCCGCUUUGGGGUGCCCCUUCCAUUAGAGGCCCUGGGCAUCAUAGCCAACCAUGACCAGCGUUUCCAUGGCCAGAACAUCACCAUCUUCUACAAGAACCAGUUUGGCCUCUAUCCUUACCUUGGACCCGGGGGCACAGCUCACAAUGGGGGCAUCCCUCAGGCUGUGCCUCUUCACCACCACCUGGUACAAGCCGCCUAUAAGAUCCACCGCAGACUGAGACCCGGCUUCGCUGGCCUGGCUGUACUGGACUGGGAGGAGUGGUAUCCACUCUGGGCUGGGAACUGGGGCCGCCGCAGAGUUUAUCAAGCAGCUUCGUGGGCGUGGGCACAGCAGGUAUACCCCCAUCUGGACCCCCAAGAGCAGCUCCGCAAAGCCCACACUGGCUUUGAACAGGCAGCACGGUCACUGAUGGAGGACACACUGCAGCUGGGUCAGGCCCUGCGGCCCCAUGGGCUCUGGGGCUUCUAUCGCUUCCCGGUCUGUGGCAAUGGCUGGCACGGUGCGACCUCCAAUUACACAGGCCGGUGCCAUGCAGCUACCCGUGCCCGCAACACCCAGCUGCGUUGGCUCUGGGCUGCCUCCAGUGCCCUCUUCCCCAGCAUCUACCUCCCACCGAGGCUGCCACCUGCCCACCACCAGGUGUUUGUCUGGCACCGCCUAGAGGAAGCCUUCCGUGUGGCCCUCAUUGGGCACCCACAUCCCCUGCCUGUCCUGGCUUAUACUCGUCUCACAUACCGGCGCUCUGGGAGGUUCCUGUCCCAGGAUGACCUUGUGCACACCAUUGGCGUGACUGCAGCUCUGGGGGCAGCCGGCGUGGUUCUCUGGGGAGACCUGAGCUUCUCCAGCUCUGAGAAGGCAUGCUGGCGUCUCCACGACUACCUAGUGGACAUCCUGGGCCCUUAUGUGGUCAACGUCACCAGGGCAGCCAUGGCCUGUAGUCUCCAGCGGUGCCAUGGCCAUGGGCGCUGUGCCAGGCAAGACCCAGGACAACUGGAAGUCUUUCUGCAUCUGCAGCCAGAUGGCAGCCCUGGAGCUUGGGAGUCCUUUGGUUGCCACUGUUACUGGGGCUGGGCUGGUCCUACUUGUCAGGAACCCAGACUUGGGCCUCGGGCCAGGGAUGGGUCUGAAGAAGCAGCAUAAAGCCAGGAUCACUUGCCCUGACCCUCUUGACCCUGCAUUUUCCCAGUUCUGAAAGGAGGACUGUGUCCCAUUCAUUGCUUUUAGCUUAUAGUCCAUCAUCCUAUGCACGCACCCCCACUUCUUAGAGGAUCCCUGGGGAGUGGGAGUAACCAGAAGAAACAUUAAGACCACUUGAAAACCAGAGACCCUCUGAGACUACCUGCCCUCCGAACAAGGAAGCUGCUCCAGCAGCUCAGGCUUCCAAAGCGGCUAGGGUUGCCUUCAAGACCUCUACUUUUACCUCACUGGAUCUCCGGGGAGGUCACAGGAUAUCUGUUCAGGGGCACGUGGGUCCCAAAAGUAUUUUGGCCAAGGUCUCCAUAAUUGCUAAGCUAUUGUCUAUACUCUGCUUUCAUCAUAAAGUCUUUUUCACUGCCUGAGAUUUGGUGGCUGUUCCCCUGUCCUAACAGGACCCACGAUCUUCCCAUCAGGAGUACCCAGGAAAGUGUCCAGUGAUGCUGGUUCUGCCCUGGCGGC